CAACAACAUGGCUGAAAAUUUGUUUGCAAAAAGUUGACAUGAACAGUUUUAUUUUGCCGAUAUUUUGGUGUCGGAUUCUUCUCCUGUGGGGAGGAAUUUGCACAGGACAACGGGGUAAGUAUCUUUGGCGGGAAAAAUGUUGGGAAAAUUAUGUACUGUUUAAAUUUUGCCGAUUGUCGAAUUGUGUUCAGACACAAAAGUUGUACUAGACUUGUACAUUUUCAAAAUGAAAGCAUUGCCUAAGUAUCACUCGUAUUACCGCCAGCAUAAAAAUUUCAUGACUAUUUAAAGGCAAAAUUCAGCCUAGGAAAAUCAAUUAUACAUAAUUCAAGUAAACUCGAUGUUUGUAACAAUAAAAAUGUUUUAAAAUGUUAAAAACAUUAAAGAUGCUGUGAAGUCCGUUCUGUGCAUACAUUUUGUGCUGGCUUUACAUUGCAAUGGUCGGGACCCGACCAUUGCAAUGUUGUUUAUUUAAAUAUUUUGCACCUUCCAAACUUUCUGUGUUAAUUUACAAGCAUAGUGAACCUGAAGAGUGUUAAAAAUUCAGUAUAAUAUACAUUAAAUCUUUACAGACUUUACAGGAUGGGGAUUUUUGCUGGGUGAUUGUGUCACAGAAUAGGAAGGUAUAGCAGAAGCGUAACUGAAGCAAGUAUUUGUCCGCGUUUUUGCAAGCGAUUCGUCAUCAAUCACGCCAUCCUGGCUAGUACAACCGGCACUUUGUACCUACCAAAUCCUGAUAAAAACUUCCGGUUGUACUAGCCAGGAUGACGUGGAUUGGCGUGAGCGACUUAAAAUUUUUGUGGACGUCAAACAAUAAGGGAAACGACUAGAGUUACGCUUCUGCUAUAACUUCCUAUUCUGUGAUUGUGUCAUGCAUUCCAGAAAACAUCCAUACCAGCCCCACAGAAGAAAUUGGAUGUUAAGCCCCCUACCCCCUUCGGAUGUCCCAAUACAUUUACUAUUAUCAGAAACAAUUUUAUCUCCCCUCACCCUCCGGACGGCAGAAAUUUCCUGGGAUCUUUGGUGGAUCUUUUCUGGAACGACCCAUUUUCAGUAGAGUCCCGACAUUAAUAUUAACUAGAGAUGCGUAUUUCCUAUGCACAAAUUUUGCCAUUUUGGUUCAAUAAUUAGUGUGACAACAUGCAGACACCAUUUUGGCAUGCUGUGUGAGCAGUCUGCAACCGCCUGGAGCAAAAAAUAAGGUCGCACAGUCAAUCGUGUUGAAAAAAUAAUACUAGGGUUGGCUGAAAAAAAUUGAGUCAGUCUGGAAACCAAAACCACAGGUAUUUUUGGCCCUUGCCUCAAAAUUCAUGAAAUCAUCAUGCUCAAAUGAGUUUAAAUAAUGAAAAUUUCAUGACGUGUGGCUUUAUUUGGGUAAGUUCUAGACUAAUUUGAGCAUGAGAAUUACCAUUCUGGGGUUUCUGCCAAAAUAUGAAGAUCAAAAAUCGAUUGUGCAAACUCAGAUUGGAGAAUACAGAUUAGCGAGUUUAAUUUAAAGUAUACAUAUACAUAUAUUUCUAGUGGUGGAUAUUGUAACAUCAAGUUAUCCUGACAACGUUUUACAAGUUCCUGUGUAUCAAGGCUCAGGAAAUAUAAAUGUUCGAUUGAGCGAAAUCGCUCAAACCAAUGGGGUAUGUCACUCAAUUUGGAUUCUAGUGUUAAAAUCGAUAAAUUUGUUUGAAGGCAGAUUAAUUGGUAUGCCUAAUAAAUGGAUAUGGGUCAUUCCAGAAAAGAUCCACAUUGCCCCAAAGGAGGGUAAAUUAUUUCUAAAUCCAUUGAUUGUAGGUUGAAGUAACAUGUCGAUCGUUAUCAGUUGAUGUUGGUGUCACCAACAUUACAUUCCAAAAUGUAACCAUUCCAGUGGGAGAACAACGUCACACUAUCCCAUUCAAGUAAGCAGUAAAAUUUAUUUCAUUUGACCUGAUCCCUGAACAUAUGUUUAUGGUCAAGCCAUUAAAUUGAAUAGACCUUAAGUAUGCAUAUAAUGAAGACUUGAUGCCCGCAAGGAAAGCUGGUCUUAGUAGUCAUCGCCCGGGAAAAUUUAACAAUUCAAAAUGGCCACUAUCGAAAUUUUCCCAGGUGAUGACUACUAAGACCAGCAUUCCUUGUGACAUCAUUACGAUUUUACAAUUAUUAUAAUUAUUACUGAUGUGCCGGGUUUUGUGUUUUCAGCAUUAUUUCAGCUGGUCGUGUUACUGAAGUUCAAUGUGCAGGUCAAAGCACCAAUGGUGGAACUCAAUACCAGACUGCUUCCUCUGUCGGACAAAAUGGGUUUGUAUAUGUUAUUGACUGAUACUGGUCAAGUUCGUUUUUCCCCGCUUGGAUACAAGCGAGGUAUUAACGAGUGGGGUAAUGAACCAUAAAUUUUCCAAUGGGGUACAAUUCAAUUGAACCAUCAUGACAUACAUUUUAAAUAAUAGUCUUUUUAAUCAUUUAAUAAGACAAUAUAGACAAAAAGACAACAUCUACAAAACUACCUUCAACAAAUUCAUGGCUAAAAGAUUAUGGGUAGAUGCCCUUGGACACCUCCCUGCCAAGGGGGUAUGUGGCAAUUUCAGGACCAAAAUAGCUGCAAAAAAGGCUCCUUCCAAAAAAGGACCAAAUUGCUGCAAAAAAGCCCAGAAACAAAUUCCGAAAAUACAGGACAUCUUGAGAAUUCAAUAUAUAAUUCAAAACAAGACGCAGUUUGAGACUGUAUAUAUUGAAUUCUAUAAUUGAAUAUAUUGAAUUGUAUAUAUUGAAUUCUAUAAUUGAAUUCUAUAUUGAAUUCAAUAUAUAAUUCAAAACAAGACACAGUUUGAGACUGUAUACCUUAAUCCUUUUAAUAUAUUAAACAUUGUUGUAAAUAUAGCUAAAUAUUCCAUUUUCAGUUAUUACUAUUUUCUUUAUCAUGUUUCGCUUCGCUUGGAUAAUCCUUCUUUCCGCCCACAUGACAGAUGCUCUCUCUCUGCGUUGUAUAUAUAUAUAUAUAUAUGUGUUGUAAAGUAUUGUAUUUCAUUCUGUCUGAAGAUGACUUUGAAAUAAAGUCGAAAAUUUACAGUCUCAAACUGCGUCUUGUUUUGAAUUAUAUAUUGAAUUCUCAAGAUGUCCUGUAUUUUCGGAAUUUGUUUUUUUUUACUUUAUUUUUUUAAAUUGUCGGCUGGUCAUGGUUUUUUUUUAAGCCCAGAAAAAUAGCCUCUUUUGUGAAUCACAAUGACUACCAUAUCUUAUUAAUAAUCACUUCCUACUGUAUAUUCUAGUUACCUUCAAGUAACAAGGCGACCCACAGUCAGUUUAUGCUCCGAUGUUGUAAUUGUACCUAUGGAUCCUGCUAUUGUUAGGAAAGUUGGAGUUUUAUUUAGGUACUGUAUGUGUCAAAUCUGAAGUCAGGAGAGUGUCUCAAAUAUUUCAACAUAUAUAUAAUAAGGGGAUGAGAGCCAGGUUGCGAUAAUCCAAGAUUUUUUAUAGAGUCGUAUGUAUACCAUAUGACUGGCAGUGGUACGCUAAUCGGAUUGUUGCCGCGUACUUGCGCUAGAACAAACUCACAAUACUCAAUGUGUACUUAGUCUUUAUACAAAAAAUACAUAAUUAAAGAACAUUCUGGUCCGGUAUCUAUUCUGUGAUAUUAGAUCACGUCAGCUAGUUUCCUAUCCAUUUAUUUUAUUAUCCAUGGUUCUAUUAUAAUCACUCCGCGUAUUUUCAGCUCUAAAUGUUGUAUUUCGUCUGAUGAGAAAGAUUGUGACACAAUCUUUACGACCGUUACGACCAUAUAGAAACCAGGUUUAAGGUCGCGUGAUUUACAACUCUUGUCUUCGUAAAAAUCAAAAUAUAUACGUGGUGUUUUUCACAAACCAAAGUUCUCAUGAUAAAAUCCUUUCGUUUGCUUUUCUAUAGUGAAAGUGUUGUCAGCAAUCCUGUAACGCUGAACUGUUCCGUUAUUUCACCACUAAGAGGUCAGACAAUCAUUAUUUUCAAGUACUAUAAAAUAAAUACAUUGUCAUAACAGGGUUCAUUAUGCAUGAAUGUUCAUACGGAUCUCAUAAUGGCUAUAUUUUCUUUUCAUUUUGUUAUUAGCUGGCUCCAUUCCAAUGAGAUUGACUUUCAAUGCGACAACUGUUCCUUUGUCGACAAGAAGAGUGAAUGUAUGUGACGCUUAUUUUUACUAAUUAAGAGGAGAUUUUUUUGUAUGUUACGUAACACGCGCUCAAAACUAAUGCGUAUAAUAUACCACUUAUGGUUAUGACUAAAAUUCAAAAUUUUAGUUUUUCGAUACGUUUCUCAAUCGGCAAACAAACUUAAAAAGUAUGUUUAGUGCUUUAUCUGUAAAAUAAUGCUAAAAUGAAGAGAUUUUAGAUGAUACGCCAAAGAGAAAAUGAUGUCUGAAGUUCAGUAAGUUUUGCUUAUACAUGGCUGUAAAUAUGGCGUCAAUUUUAAAGCAUCAUUGAUAAUUGUAUUUUAAUUGACAAUUUUUAACUAUUAUUUUAUGUUUCUCAACCGGCAGAUGCAUUCAAAAACUGUUAGCUAACUGUAUAAACUAGAGAAUAAAGCUAAAACAAAGUAAUUUUGAGAGGAACGCCAAAAAGAUUUUAGGUUUUGAACACUUGUCAUUGCAAAUACGUGACAUUGAAAAAAAUGCCUCUUAAUAGAAAAAACUUCAGUGUCAAAGAAACUUUCAUUUCCAGCCAGCUUUGAUAGGCAAUUCCAGCUGUAGACUAAAUUUUGAUCUAGGCAAGAAGAGCAAAAUCCAUCACCACAGCUAGAAAGAGCAUGUUAAAAUUAGUAAAGUUACAAAGUUUGGGCGCGAAAUGUUAUACAAUGCGGAAAAUAUAGCCCUGCGAAAUUUGCAAAUUUUGUAUUAAUUUGUAUUAGGCUACGCACAGGAAAAUGCACCACUUUCGGGCCGAAAGUGCUGCAUAUUCCCGUGCGUAAUACAAAUUAAUACAAAAUUUGCAAAUUUCGUAGGGCUAUAUUUCCUCAUUUGACAACAUUUCGCAACAAAGUUUUACAAUUUUACUAAUUUUAACAUGCUCUUUCUAGCUGUGGUGAAUGGAUUUUGCUCUUCUUGCCUAGAUCAAAAUUUAGUCUACAGCUGGAAUAAUCUAUUGAUCAUAAAUAUAUACAGGGUGUCUAAAAAAACGAAGUCCGAAUUUAGCAUGCCAUUUUGCGUUAAUUAUACUCGGUGUAUUAACGUAAUUUUUUCAUAUCACAGUCAAUGAAUAUAGUCAUAACCAAGUAGAAAGUAUAUUCAUUACCUUUGAGCGCGUGUUACGUGACAUACAAAAAUUUCUCCUCUUAAUAAGCUACACAAAUUCUUAUGAUAAGCUUCAAACAAAACAAGGCUAUAUCGCAAAUCUAAUUAAAUUUUCUUUUUUAAAUACAAAGGUAUCGUACGUGUUGGAAAGCGAAGGGGAUCCAGUGAUUGUGGGAUGUUGGGCUUCAAGCGAUAGCACAACCAUACCACAAUACACCAAGAACACAUCGCGAGGUAUGAUGAAAAAAAAUAUAUGUACCAUAGAAUUCUAAAGGUGUCAGUUCUAAACUUCUAAUGAGAGGGCUUGUAAGCAGGGCUGCCAAAAAUGUUUCAUUUUCUGGGACCGCAAGGCCAACGAAAAAAUUUUAUUGGCUAAUUUUUUUCGCACGGGUAUUGGUUGGUCUUUGUUUGUGAAAAAAUAAAAAAAAUUCUCAAAUCUGAUUUGCUAAGAGCAGCGCAAUUUUUUCGAAAUACAGUGCCAAAAAAUGAAAUACCAAUAACAGUGCAAAUUUCAUUGACUAUAAUACAAAAAUAAUACAAAAACAUUUACAAGUGACAAAAAUGGCUGGCGUUUUUAGUAAAUUUUGUAUUAAAAUUAUUUAUAUUAAGGUGGCUCGAUACAGUUUUCAAAAAUUCAGGUGUUUUUAACACUUUGGCAUGUUCAAACUACGCAUUUUUAGGAUUUAUUCAGCAGAUAUUGGUUUUUUUUUAUAUAUUCUGAUAACUGUACUUUCAAAUUAUAUUAGUUUUAGUAACAGAUAGUUCAGUUGCUAUGACGACAUACGUGUACAAAAUUCGCUCCAAAAUGGCCUAUCGUCUUGUAUAUGCCUUAUUUUACGUGGACGAAAAGCUAACAAUUAGAAAAAUAUAAAAAAUUCUGUAAUGCCAUUUUUUUUGGAAAAUGCGAAAAUGUCAUAUUCUUCGGUAAAAUUUUUUUGGCAUUACAGAAUUUUUUUAUUUUUUGUAUAAUGAAAGUUUUUAGCGGUGCAAUACAGCAUGCAAAAUUUGAACAUAGGUCACCAGACAAAAUAAAGAGAUAUAGCGCGUUGUUUUUCUAAAAUGGAGAAUCUAAUGACGUCAGCAAUUGACUUAAAACGCUAUAGAACACGCGCAAUGACGUGAUAUGGCGCGAGCAACUGCUGACGUCAGGUCAUUUUGGAAGUUCUUUCAUUUUGUUAAUCAGUUUUCGCGACCUGCGCGUAAAAAUGGUCACCCGGUUUUGAGUUCGCGAUUCUUGAGCAGGGUUUUUGUGAUAACUAUAUCGAGCCACCUUAAAAUUAACUAUUUCGCAUGUGACUGAACAAUUUUUUCAUGUAAUAUUAUUAUUGUAAUAGAAUAAGUAUGAUUUCUCGUGCAAUUUGGAAAAACGUUCUGCAUGAGUUUUUUGAAGACUUCAAAUUGGCUGUAAUAACAAACUUGAAAGUUAACUGUUGAUUCAUCAUUUUGAUUCAGUUGCCGAUUUUCCCACUAGGUGACACGGCUGUAUUCAUGUACCAAGUACCGCAGGCGACAUUCGUGCCCGCCUCGAUCACAUCACUCGGGCGGACAACAUUUGCACGUACUGUCAGUUAUCUCGUAUUGGAAAGCCCUGCGACAGAUGUGACCGAGUUUCAUUGCACGUUUCGUAAUACGUCACAGGCUUCUGUGUGCACCGGAAGUUUGUCUAUUACGUCAUCGCUUGAUUUAAAUUCUGUGACUGUGGAGCUCGUUACCACCAAUAUGACAUUUGAGGUAUACUACUACUGUCGAUGCAAUGGAAGUGUUGAUAAAAUAUUGCAUGAAUUCAUUUCCUCAAGUUGAUCAAUACAUACGAAUUCAAAUUUCUUUUUACUUCCUGUGCGUUUCCUAUUGGUCAAUCGGUUCUGAAACGAAAUCUAAUUGCCUCAUCUAAAAGUAACAGGAAGUUGAUCAAUUUUCAAUCAAAUGAAUUGAUCUACUUGAGGAAAGGAAUUGGUGCAAUAUUUUAUCAACACUUUAAUUGCAUCGACACUAAUACAUUUAAUUUUUGCGAUCACUAUCUUCCUCGAUGGCUAACAAGACCAGGGGUAGCCUGCGAACAGGCUCUCAAGUUGAAUUGAGAGCCUGCAUCGAUGACUAAUGAAUUUGAAUAUCUGCGUCUCAAAUUGUGACGCGAAAUUCUCAUUGGUCAGAUGCUAUAAUUUAUAUGUUUCCGCUGAGCUCUAUAUAUGUCAACUGCUGAAGCACUAUGAGUAAAAAACACAUUAACUGAUCAAAUUGGUCUUGACCAUCUUAUCUCAAAGCAUGAAAUGUUCUGUUUUGAGAAAACAGUAUUUAAAACAUUUAAACUUUUGCUUGAAUAUCUUAUAUUUCGAAAAACAGUAUAAACUGUACGGUCUAAAUUUAGUUUGCACGGUCUAAAUUUAGUUUGCACGAAAGUUGUAAACAACACCAUAUAAGGAUAGACAUUCCAUAUUUGGAAAAACGAACGUUACGGGGCAGAUAUUCAAAAUUGUAUAUCAUCAGUGUAGGCUCUCAAUUCAACUUGAGAGCCUGUUCGCAGGCUAGACCAGGGGUGGUCAAGCACCCCCUAGGCCAAAAAAAAUAUGUGGGUUUCCGGUUUCUUCUUAUAAAAACUUAGGUAGGGUAGGUCGGUUUUAACUUUUUUUUUAACUUUUUUUUUAAUUUUCCUAACAACCGGACGCCAUUUUGUUUAGUCAGUGUUUCCACAUCCAAAGAUAGAUUUCCCUAAUAUUGCCUCAAAUUUCAAUAUUCCACAAACUUUUUCCUCUAAGUGGAAACACUUACAAGCAUGAUCCAAUAAAAAAGUUUAGGGUCGGGAUUUCGACGUCCAAAAGCUAGGUAGGGUCGGGAAACCGGAAACCCACAUUUUUUCUUUGGCCCUAGAGAAGUCCAGCACCACCUUGAAAAAAUAUGCUUGACCAUACAUUUCCUACUUUUGAAGUUUUCGAAAAGCGAUCUGUGGAACUUCAACUGUUAGCAAAUGUCGAUUUCUUGAAACGAUUCAAUUGAUUUGUGAGCUCACGAGAAAAUACUCAGGUUAUGUUUACAUUACAUUGUAUCGGAUCACUUUGCGUCCGUUCUACUGUAAUACUGAGCUAAUUUGCCGAGUAUCACAUCUCGCGUCUUGAAAUGCAGGCGUUUUAUCCAAGACGUAAAAAUCUGUAGUUUCCCGUUGUAAACAGAUCGUGGACGACGUCUCAAACUCCCGUGGGAUAUUAAACCACUCCCGUGGGGACUCCCGUCGUCCUCACAUUGCCGUCCCAAAUCGUAAGGUCCCUAUUUUCAAAUAUACUGUACUUGAACCAUUGAACUAUAAAUAAACUGGAAGGCUAACUGCUAUUAUGAAGGCCCAUGAUUUGCUGAAGCCAAAAUAGUUUUUCUGAGUUUUGAGCAGAAAUACUCGAUCCCAAACGUUGGGCUAUAUAUCAAACUGAAGCUAUUGAAAAUUGCUAUUCAGUGUAGAAAUUUCAAGACUUCAGCGAAAAGAAAAAUAUUUUAAUAAUACAAAAGCAACUGCCAUUCGGUCAAAAAAUGGCAAAUUAUCGGCAAUUAUUUUUGUAUAGUUUUUAAAUAUUUCCCUUUUACGGCUAAAGUCUUGAAAUUUCUACACGAAAUAGCGUUUUUCAAUAGCUUCAGUUUCAUAUACAGCACAACGUUCAGUGUUGAGUAUUUCUGCUCAUAACUCAGAAAAACUAAAAUGCACUGUCUUCAAUCCCCCCUGAGUUAGCAUUCCAGUUUACUUAUAGUUCAAUGACUUGAACAAGCGAAUGUAGUGUACACUCGCUGUUUUUGUCAAACCCCGGUUACAGAGACGAAAAGCACAUACGUUAUGUACACUACAGAGAUCUCGAAAGGCUGUUCUUCUUUAAGAUUGGAGACUAUUACAAGCCACUCAUGGUCCAGGUCAAUGGAAGCAGCACAGAACGUGACCAGCGGUUGCUAGACGUGACAUGCUGUAGGAAGAGUGUCGACCCGAAGUACUUCGUGUUAGCGACAACAUUAUCUCUAUGGAUAGACGUCUAUCCAAGUGUGCAGUUCGAUUGGGACAACAUUACAGGUAGGAUUUUGUUAUUACCAUCAUCAGCAGGUUACGUUUCCAUUCGGAAG